AUCACAUGCGGCCCGGAAGUGACUUUGCGCAUGUGCUUGCGCGCACACACACACACAGACGCAACUUCGACCAUGGAUGUCGGAGAACUGCUUUCUUAUAAGCCAGAUAAACCAGAAGUUAUUGUCAAAAGAAGACAAGAAGAGGAGGAUGGUGAACCUGCCAUCAAGAAAAGAAAGGGAGGUAAUCCAGUGGCACCUUUGAGUCUACCACUACAAGAAGAAAAUGAACAGGAUACAGCUGUCCAAAAUACUGAUGAAGUGGAGGCUGGCCCAAUGGAUGAAACCAAUGUAAAGAAAAUGUUACUGCAGUUUGAAAAGAAAGCUUACAGAAAUCAAGAAAUGAGGAUAAAGUUUCCAGAUUUGCCUGAAAAGUUUAUGGAAUCCGAACUAGAGUUGAAUGAUAUUAUUCAACAAAUGCAUGUCAUUGCAACUGUCCCAGAGUUGUAUCAUAUACUGGUAGAGCUCAACACAGUUCGCUCAUUCUUGCAACUUCUGUCUCAUGAUAACACAGACAUAGCCAUUGCAGUAGUUGAUCUGAUGCAAGAGCUAACAGAUGUGGAUACACUCAAUGAAAGUGAAGAAAAUGCAACAGCACUGAUUGAUGCCAUGCUUGAAGGUCAAGUGACAGCAAUGCUAGUUCAGAAUCUUGAGCGGCUUGAUGAAUCUGUCAAAGAAGAGUCUGAUGGGGUCCAUAACACACUAGCAAUCAUAGAAAAUAUUGCAGAAUUUCGACCAGAGAUUUGUGGGGAAGCUGCCCAACAAGGCUUGUUACAGUGGCUGUUAAAACGAAUCAAAGUCAAACUGCCAUUUGAUGGAAAUAAGCUUUACACAAGUGAAAUUUUGGCAAUAUUGCUCCAAAAUUCAGAUGAAGUAAGGCUGUUAUUAGGAGAGCAAGAAGGUAUUGAUGUUUUACUUCAACAACUGGCUACCUACAAAAGACAUGACCCCUCAAAUAAAGAGGAGAUAGAGUACAUGGAAAAUCUCUUUAACUGCCUGUGUUCUGCUCUUAUGCUCUCUGGCAAUCGAAGUCGCUUCUUGAAAGGUGAAGGAUUACAGCUGAUGAAUCUCAUGCUCAGGGAGAAAAAAUUAUCACGGAACUGUGAUAAAGUGCUCAACCAUGCCAUGACAGGAGUUGAUGGUGUGGAUAACAGCCAAAAAUUUGUUGAUAUCCUUGGGCUGCGCACCAUUUUCCCACUUUUCAUGAAGACCCCAAAAAGCUCAAAGGCUGGACCUGCCUCUGAUGAACUUGAAGAGCAUAUCUGUUCUAUCAUUGGCUCACUCUUGAGACACUGCCAUGGAACACAACGGCAAAGAUUACUCAGCAAGUUUACAGAAAAUGAUCAUGAAAAGGUGGAAAGAUUAAUGGAACUACAUUUUAAAUACCUAGACAAAGUCAGACACUGUGAUGAUCAGAUUGAACGAGAAAAAAUGAGGCUAAAACAGCAGGGAGAAGACGUUGAUGAUGAUAUGGAAGAUGAAUUUUAUCUCAAACGUCUAGAUUCUGGCCUCUUCACGCUACAGCUGAUUGACUACAUCAUGCUUGAAGUCUGUGCAUCAGGUGCUUCAUCUAUAAAAUCAAGAGUGAUGCAAAUCCUUAACAUGAGAGGAGGCUCUAUUAAAGUUAUUCGUGGAAUCAUGAGAGAGUAUGCUGGCAACAUUGGUGAUGCUAAAGAUUCAGCAGCCCGAGAAGCUGAACAGUCCAGAAUAAUUCAGCUGGUCGACAAAUUCUGAGUCAUCUCUCAAGCUCAUUGCAUCUUUGUUCAUUUUGUCAUCUAAUGUUUUGCCGCAAGUGUAUCCAUUCACCUGUGGUUUCAUAUGCUUUUGUAUUACUUAUUAUAACAUUAUUACAAUAACUACUGAAGAUAUGUUUGUCUUCUGUCGUUUUAUUAAAUGGAAUUGAAUGCCACUACUUUGCUUAAGGUUUUCAAACCAUUAACAUGUGAUUUAUAUGGUGCAAACCUACAUUCAUAAGGAGCAUGCUUUUAGCUCUUGAGACAAGAACAAGACAUGGACAACAUACAAAGGACAGCAAGAUAAACAACAGCACCAAAGACUAACAAAAGACAAUGAGGGUAUCAUAAUUUUGCAGAAGACAAGUAGGGAAGUGGCCAAUAGACUAGAGAAAAAAAGGGGGGAGGGACUAGCAUGUGUGAUUGUUGUUGGGAGUAAUUUGUUUUCUUUUUUUUUACUUUUUUCAAAAUCUACAUCAUUUAUCUUGUCUAAAUAAUUUUGGUGAUAUUUAUAAUGACUAAGAUCUCUUGGUUCCAGAAUACGGUAGAGAGCUGAAUUUGAACUAUCCGAAAUUUACAUCUGAAAUAUCAUGAAUAUGUACAUAGAACAUGAAUUUACUUCAUCCAGCUCAAAUUCAGACCUGAUUACCCUAGACCACAGCAAAGAGUAUUCUCUGGAUGAUUAUAUAUGACAGCCCAAGAACAAACAAACAAAAACAUUUUCUUUUUAGUUCAUGGCACCAAGACACAGCAACAAAUUAUGCAUUUGUUUACAGUUGAUGCUCUAAAAGUUUGUCAGCAGAUUUGUUCUUUUCUUUGGAUCUAGACAGCUGCCAGGCUUAAAUUUAAUCACCAAAAUUCUCUUGUGUGUGCUGGUUCUGCUCACUAACAUUCUUUUAAAUAGUCUGCACAUGUGAAAAUAUUUGUUGCAACUGCUUAAAUAUGUCCUGUAUAUCAUUGCCAGAGUUUACAUGUGUGCAUUAAUCAACAGUCACCAAGAUAGUAUAUCAUUACUUCCAUGUGCAUGUAGAGACAGGCUUUGUGCAAACUUAAAGGGACACUGAAGCCUAUUUGAUGUUAAAAGUAACAUUGUUUUUUAAGAUAAUCUGUCACAAGUUCUUCCAUCCUUGUUACUUUCAGUUUAAAAGAUGUGAAAAAUUUCCUUUACAACAGGCAUUUUUGAACCUGCUCAUGUCUUGUGAAACUUUUAUCAAAUUUUCUGCAUCAUUGAAUAUAUGAUAACACAAGCUACUUCACCUUCUGCACAAAUAUGGCUGAUGCUGUGCUUUGGGCCUUAGCUUGUCUACCACCAAGUC